AUGAUGAGAGGUGCUGCUUCGACCGGAGUAGUCGCAGUCAUGGUUAUGAUGCUUGUAGUAUUGAACCAAUUAGAGACUGCUAUUGUAAAUGCUUCACCAUCACCAUCACCAUCCCCAUCACCAUCAUCAUCAUCAUCAUCAUCAAACAGAAAGUAUUGUAAUAUUUAUAGAGGAAGUUGGGUCUACGACAAAUUUUACCCUCUCUAUGAUUCCAAGUCUUGCCCUUUCGUCGAGAGACAGUUUAACUGCAAGGCCAAUGGUCGUCCUGACACCGAUUACCUCAAGUAUCGUUGGCAACCCACCGGUUGCAAUAUCCGCAGAUUCAAUGGCUCAGAUUUUCUUGAAAGAACAAUGAAAGGGAAGAGAUUGAUGUUCGUAGGAGAUUCACUGAGUCUAAAUCAAUGGCAGUCUCUAACGUGUAUGCUCCACAACGCCGCACCACACGCUAAGUUCACCCUCACUCGUUCCCCUUCUGGCCUCUCCGUCUUCUCCAUGCCCGCUUACAAUGCAACGAUCAUGUUCUCAAGAAACGCGUUUUUGGUGGAUAUAGUCGGAGCCGCACCGAAGCGAGUGAUGAAACUUGACACAAUCUCGAGCGGUUCGCUGUGGAAAAACGCAGACGUUUUGGUCUUCAACUCUUGGCAUUGGUGGCUUCACACCGGCCGAAAACAACCAUGGGACGUAAUUCAGAACGGGAAUGUAACGGUUAAAGACAUGGACCGAUAUGCGGCGUAUGAGAUAGCGAUUAGGACUUGGGCUAAGUGGAUCGAUCAAAACAUUGAUCCUUCCAAAACUAAAGUCUUCUUCCAAGGUGUCUCUCCUGACCACACCAACUCAAGUGAAUGGUCGUCGAAGAAAGGUGGUAAAGGAAGCUGCAUUGGACAAACAAAGCCGGUUAUGGGAUCGAAGUAUCUUGCGGGACCAAACCGAGCGGAGAUGGUGGUGGAGAAAGUGAUAAAGACGAUGAAACAUCCGGCGAGGUUAAUGGACGUGACACUGAUGUCUCAGCUAAGGAAAGACGGACAUCCUUCGGUCUAUGGAUUUGGCGGUCACAAGAACCCGGAUUGUAGCCACUGGUGUCUUGCUGGAGUUCCUGAUACCUGGAACCAGCUCUUGUACAAUGAGUUGUUUUAUUCUUGA